CUUCCAGCACGAAAAGGGUGUCAACUCAAACCCAACUUCCAAUCCAGUUAUUAAUCCUCACGUUUUCCUAGGAAAACUUCCCCUCACCUUCCUUCUAUCUUCUCCAAUUCUUGAGUUUUUCUCUUUAAUUCCGCCCCUUUUUGUUGAUUCAAGCCUAAAAAUUUGAUCUUUCAGCUCCUUCCAGCCGGAUCGCGUUGAUUAGAAGCGAAUCUCUCCUCGAUUUUGAUAGAAUCUUUAAUCCCAUAUCGCAGUUGAAACGGUUUUAGUGGUGGUUUUGUUUAAAUUUCAAUUCUUGAUCGAAGCGCCGGUUGGAUAAGAAUGACCGCGUACGCGGCGGCGUGUAAGCGGGUGCUCAGAUUAGGACCCGAGUUGGCCGGGACCCGACCCAUUUCCGAGCUUGCUAAAUCCAACGGCAAACGGGUCUACCUCGUCGACACUCUCGCCCUUGUGAGGAAAUUGGAGGCGCAGGGGGUGGAAUCGAGGCAGGCGCAGGCGAUAACAGAGUCAAUGAUGGAGGUGCUGAAUGACAGCAUGGAGAAUGUUUCAGGUUCUUAUGUUUCUAAGAGUGAAAUGCAAAAGAGCGAGAUGUUUCAGGAAAACAAUCUGUCCAUGUUCAAGACCGAAGUCAAGAGCUCCCAGGAUCACCAUUUCUCUAUGUUGCAACAUGAGAUGGAAAAAAUUAAGAAUGAUAUAGAGAAGAUGCGAAGUGAGUUAAGGUAUGAAAUUGACAAAGUCACAGCCGGGCAGCGCUUGGAUCUUAAUCUCGAAAGGGGGAGAAUUCGAGAUGAGCUGAACAAUCAAAAUCAAGAAACGACAAACCUCACCACCAAACUUGAUCGAGAAAUCCAUACACUGCGAGCUCAACUAGAAGCCGCAAAGUAUGAUGUGAUCAAGUACUGCAUAGGUACGCUUGCCUCUGUCUCUGCCGUUGGUCUUGCUGUAAUCCGAAUUCUGAUGUAGCCAACAGGCACACCAUUUGUCUGGUUUUGGUGGGGAUUUUUUUCUCAUUUUUUAUGUCUAAAAUCCCUGACCAGUACAAAACACUGCUAGGAGAAUUCAAGUAACAAUGUAUUUAUUGAUUGGUCUUUUGUUUGAAAGCAUAUUGUAAUUUGUAAUAGGUCUCUUAUCUGUUUCAAGAUGUUGUAAAAUUCAUUAUUAUAUGCAAAAAAAAUUAACCUUUAUAAUCU